CUGCUACACUGGCGGCAACGUGUUCGCCAACUGUGACCAAAUGACGUCAUCAUCCUGCAGAGGUUCGGCUGACGUGGAAGACCAUCUUCGACAGCGCCACCACGUUGGACAACGUGAGCGUGGGCGAGCUAAGCCUGCUCAGCCUGUCCUCGGCGCUUGUCAUGGUGGGCCUCAUCUGGUACCUGGACAACGUGGUACCCUGGGGAUACGGCGUCCCCAAGCCUCCGUACUUCAUCUUCUCGGCCGACUACUGGUCUCCUUACAGAAAGUGGAACAUCCGAAACACGGCGAACGCUCAGGACAAAAUGUACUUCGAACAGGACCCCAAGAACGCCGAUCCCAUCGUCCACUUGAUCAACUUGAGCGCCACCAGCAAACAGAACGGCGGCGACAUCAAGAAUAUCACCCUGACCAUCUACAACAAGCAGAUCACUGUGAUACUCGGCCCACAAGACUGUGGACACAUGACUCUCCUGGAUAUUAUCACUGGCAGGCAACUCCCGACAGGCGGCGAAGCUUACGUGUGCAACUUCGACGCUUCCAGCUAUUCGGGGCGAACGUGGGAGUAUUUUAGCGUCUGCCCCAACGAGAGCGAGCUGUACGACGACUUGACCGUCGAAGAGCACCUGCUCUUCUUUUUGUUCCUCCGCGAACUGCCGGGAAACACCGGCGAGGCAUACGUCGCCACGCUCAUGCGGCAGCUGAACAUCGAGCAAUACAAGGACACCCUGGUGUCCCAGCUGUCGCCACGACUGCAGCGCGUCCUGUGCGUCGCCAUCGCGGCCUGUGCCGUCGAACAGGUAUUACAUGCGCGCGAGGCCACAUAG